GCCAUCUACUUUUUAUAUCUCCCCGCUCCAUUUAUCUUCACAGCACCCACUCUCAACUAUUCGAAUGCACGAUAACUUCAGCCAAGCUUAGGGAAAGCUCUGCCAGCCGAUCACUGUCCUAUAUUGAUCUCAUACUCCAACAAACUUUCAAAUUUAUUACAACGCAACACCUCGUGAAUUCGACCUAAUGACGAACCAAGAAAGUCGUCCGGACCAGGAGAACACAGUCACCAUCCUCCUAUUAGGAGAUCCAGGAUGCGGUAAAACGACAUUCUUAUCAGCAUUGAAACAAGGGCGCAGUAGGCUAAAUGGAAAUGGAUCGCAUAACCAGCCCGAGCCCUUACGGGACAGUGACCAACCUUUCCUUUAUGAUAUCCGCUUCUCAAAGAAGUCCUUUAGCCUCGAGUUAUAUGAUACGGCAUGUCCCAAUCAGCACUGGUCCACAUUGAAGCCGGACGUGGUUCUUCUUGCUUUUGAUAUAUCCAACAGAGACACUUUGACCAAUCUCAAAACAUGGCGACACGACAUUAUCCGGUACUUCCAACAUGGUCAGGGGGAACGGAUCCCCGUCAUGAUGGUAGGCCUGAAAAGAGACUUGAGGGUAGAAGGCGAAGGUAUCAUCUACCCGCAAGAAACAUAUCGAAUCGCACAAGAGCUCCGGUGUGACCGUUAUGCAGAAUGUUCUGCUGCCACGGGGGAACUUCUGGCAGAGACAUUCGAGGAUCUAGCGAGGCUGGCAGGAAUGACAACCACGGAUCGUGGGGGACAGACUCAGGGUGGCUGUAUAGUCAUUUGACGGGGGGGCGGAUAUAUGUCGACUGUUGUGAUACCCUUUUUACGAUGAGAAAUAUCUAUUAUGUAGUUGAUCUAACAAAGCAGGAUGUUGAUUUGCACCUGCAUAGCUGGACGUUCAGUAGUUAGGCUCGAACAGG